AUGGCUGUUAUUGCCCAGUGCUUACUACCUCGGGCUAAAUUCAUGAGGAUUAUGCUUUUCACUGUGCUGGCAUCUUGCCUAUCAGCAUCACUUAGUUGCCUUGGUAUUUAUUGCACUAUAAAGGCAAGGGAGCAUACUAGUCCUCCUGGAGCUUCUGGGAAUGAAUACAACAGUAGUGCUAGCGCUGUCGCAGCUAUUUGGUUCUUAUUUGAUAUCUGGAUUGGCAAUUCAUUGCGUGCCUGGCGUCCGAAUGAGCUGCAGAGUCCCAUGUCGUCGUUUUCUGUCUUUGUUGCGGUUACAAUGACCAGUGCCCCUAAGUUACCAACGCUAUCUUACGGGCUUCAUUACGUCAGGCAGCUUCUCGUCGCAUUUCUCCUUGGCUUCGCGAUAGCAGCGGCUGUUUCCCUAUUUAUAUUUCCAACAACUAGCCGAAGCAUGAUUUUCCAUCAACUUAGGGGCUAUCCCGCUGCGGUGAAGUCCUUGCUUGAUGCACAGACCGCAUAUAUUAAAUCUACUGAGCACGGGGGACCUUGGAAAAUAACCCGAAUGGCAACAAUUACAAGCCAGGCUAGUCGUCGCCUUCAAAGCUCUGAUAGUGGUCCAGAGAAGCAGUCAAAGGAAGAGGCAAAGACUUUCAAAUCGCUAGCGCUAGAAGCUGCUAUUGGAAAGUUGGGAAUAAUCCAUUCUCUCAUCCACUCGGAAAUACACUAUGCGAGACAAGAGAUAGCAUGGGGAAACUUGACUGCGGAGGAUAUUGACGCCUUCAUUGCAUUACUACGAUUGCUUUUCCUCCCAUUAGCCGGAGUAUCCAUGCUUCCUCGCAUCUUCAGAAAAUUAACCAAAGCGGUUCCUCCGCAGCGUACCGGUAUGGACGCUGCUGAUAUUGAUAACUCAGCACAAAAUAUGUACCGCCCAAUAGUGGAUGAUUCUCCAUAUGAAUUACCUGGCAACGACCAGGAACAUUUUAUUCAACCCCUCUGUGAAAGGCUCGAAACCGCGAAAGUCCUUGCUAAUGCUGGACUUCAACAUGCUUUCCUUGUCUUACGACUUUCAAAGUCUAAAGAUUUUGCUACUACUUUCAAAGGGAGGAAGUUCUCUUUUGUCUCCAGGGACGAGGAGAAUGGAGGAGAUACCAUCCCAGGAGGUGAAGGCUUCACAGCUGAUUUUGAGGCCAAGCUCCACGACUUUUACUUGGAACGGAAAAAUUUACCUCAACAUUGGGCUUCCCUAAAUGCGUUUAUACCUAUGGAAGACAGUGAUAAUGAUCACUCCGCUGAAUCCCGUGAAGUUCGCAAAGAAUUUUUUGUCAUCUUGUUCAUUGGUCAUUUGCAAGAUACUCUUCUUCAAGCUGUCUUUGAUCUCGUCAAAUUUGCCGAUAGCAAAAUUGCAGAUGGUACUUUAAAUCACAAGCGUGUGAUAUUUCCAAAAGCAGAAAAUAUUAAGCGAUGGAUUUUUGGUGGUGGACCCGACGAGGAGCAAAAGGUGGAGAAUGAAGUUCCUAUCAUAGGGGAGCAAACCAAUUAUGCUCCUCAAAAAUGCGGAACUGACCCAUUGAAGUCCCGUUUUGCAGAUCCCGAGCAUCUUCCUCCCACAAACAGGUGGCAGCGGCUUGGGAAUUGGAUCCGCCACUUAUCUCAUUUACUCAGUUCCAAGGAGAGUUCGUUUGGCCUCAGAGUUGCCGUUGCGGCUUUUUGCGUGGCCAUUUUAGCAUACUUGAGACCAACACAGGAUUUCUUUUAUAGGAACCGGAUUAAUUGGGCCGUUAUCGUAAUUGUGAUAGGUAUGAGUCCGAUUAGUGGGAAAUCGCUAUUUGGAUUGAUGGGCCGGGUUAUUGGAACUGUACUUUCGACAGCUUUGGCCUUUGCAGUUUGGUAUAUCGUUGCUGGAAAGACUGCUGGAGUAUUGGUAUUUCUUUAUGUCGGGAAUUGCCUUCAAUAUUACUUUUAUGUGAGGUUUCCACGGUUUAUUCCAGCAUGCAUUAUUGCAUUGAUUACUUUCAACUUAACUAUUGCGUACGAACUUCAGGUCCGAAAACUCGGCUAUGAGAAGUCUGCCUCCAGCGGCCUAACUGUCUUCCCCAUUUAUCUCUUUGGCCCGUAUCGACUGGUAGCUGUCAUGGUCGGAUGCGCUAUAUCCUUCAUAUGGGUCGUAUUCCCAAGCCCAACUACAGCAGGCUCCCAAGUUCGAAAGACGCUGGGCCGUGGGCUUUUUAUUCUUGCAACAUUUUAUAACUGUAUGCAUACCUCGAUUGAAGUUUGGAUCAACCAGGAACAAGGUGACUUGAACGAUUCCCAAUCUCCAGCACGGCUAUUAGAGGAUGCCAGGAAUAAACUAUUCGCUGAGGAAAUGGCAUUGCUUACGGAAAUUCGGGGGCAUAACGAGUUUACUAAAUACGAUUUGCCUAUUGGUGGUCGAUUUCCCAAAGAGACAUAUGAUAAUAUCGUCUCUGAAAUACAAACUAUUCUCAUUAGUAUGGCUCUUAUGGCCCGUGUCACUCGCGACUUGGAAAGUCUGGUUGCCGAAGAGCCUAACGGUACCCAUCGCAGGUGGAGUACAAGUACCCGGAGCGGCGGCCUUGCGGAUGAAGAACGAUGGAUUAAACACCUUGCACGAGCCGCGAACUCUCCCGACUUUCACUCUCAUAUAAUCACAUCUGCAAUUUACCAUCUAUCUGCUGCAGUAUCAAAUGGCCUUUCGCUGCCUCCAUACCUGGCUCCACCUCAUGCAUUUCCUUUGGCCAGAAACUUGAGGCAAAUGGACGAGAAUUUGUUAGACAUUCGCAAUAUAGAAGAUCCAUCAUUCUCAGCUUUUGUCGCUGUAGAGGUUCUCAGCUCGAUGGUGAAUUCAAAUUUAAAAACCCUUGUUAAUAACGUAAAAUUGCUGGUUGGUGAGCUAAACUUCGACGUUUAUAUCCGGCGUUGGAAAGAUGAACGGCACGAAGAAAGUGACGGAGAGCAACGAGGGCAAGGACAUGAACGUCGCCGCAAGAAGAUAGAAUAA